GCUAUCGAUGACCCCUUUAUCAUCACUGAGUCCCUCAGCACAGAGAAGCGAACUGUGGUGUUGGUUCCACAGGUUGUGCAUGUGCCAACGGAACAUAAACUUAUACGCGUGCAUGCGGGGCAAUGGCACAGUGGGGUUAUCAACACGGCGGGGGAACUUUUUACGUGGGGCGUUGGGUACCAGGGCCGUCUUGGGCAUGGCGACAAGGAACCAGCGCUUGUGCCAACCAAGGUACGCGGUGCUCUCACCGGGCAGCAUGUGAUUGAUGUGGCGUGUGGCUCCUUUCACACCGUGGCGUUGACAGAGCGUGGUGCUGUGUAUUGCUGGGGCGACAAUGCCAGUGGGCAAUGCGGAGCAAAAUCCACCAUCGAUGCGGUCACGUCACCGUAUCGGGUUGUGAAUCUCGAGUUUGUUGCGGGAGGUGUCGCCAAGGCAAUCUCCUGCGGCCGUCAGCAUACGGUGGUGGUGAUGCAAGGGCCACAGUCGUGGUGCCAACGCUCGUGCUGCAAGUUGGACCACAAUGGAAAGCCACGGGCCCCACAUGGACAGGUCUUCACUUUUGGUGAGACAAGUCGCACAGGUGGCGGUGCUGCGAUAAGCGGCGGUCCCGUCAUCUGCGGUAAGAUGCAAGAUGGCAAAGUUUACCGCCAAUUUCGUCUUGUACCAUCACUGAAGGACCUAAACGUCAUUAAUGUCAAGAGUGGUUUGCACCACACGUUUGUGUUUGCUGAAGAGUUGUCGAAUCCCAUGACGGUAGCUGGAAUGGGCACGACAGCCAUGGCGGGCGGCGACUUCCCGGACUACUCGGGCACGCAGUCUUUGACAUCGCCAAGAGACUGGGCGAUUAGUGAUGCAUCCGCUGGAGUGUCAGUGAAUUGGCGCAAAGUACGCAGGGGAAAUGAAUAG